ACAUGAUGGUGCCCUUGAAAUUGUUGAGACCAUACGGUGGGUUUGUGAGGACCUUCCUGAACUAAAACUGCCAUUAGAAAAUAAUAUAUUAUGUGAUUAUGACACCAAAAGUUAUGAAAGUAUGAAAAAUUUAUGUGAUAGGUUUAAUCGUGCCAUCGACAGUGUUGUGGCUUUAGAAAAGGGUACCUCUUUACCAGCUCAAAGAUUAAAUAAAUAUCCAUCUAGAGGUUUACUUCGCCACAUUCUUCAGCAAACUUACAAUCAAGCAGUCACUGACCCAGAAAAAUUAAAUCAGUAUGAACCAUUUUCUCCAGAAGUCUAUGGGGAAACAAGUUAUGAUUUAGUUUGUCAGAUGAUUGAUCAGAUUGAAAUAUCAACAGAUGAUAUAUUUAUUGAUUUGGGUUCAGGUGUAGGUCAGGUAGUUUUACAGGUUGCUGCAGCUACACCUUGUAAAAUUUGUCUUGGAAUCGAACGAGCUGAAGUUCCCAGUAAAUAUGCAGAGGCAAUGAAUAAGAACUUUAGAGCAUGGAUGCAAUGGUAUGGUAAAAAAUUUGGAGAUUAUAAAUUAAUCAAGGGUGAUUUCCUUAUGGAGGAGUUUCGCGAGAAAAUAACGUCAGCAACGAUAGUUUUCGUGAAUAAUUUUGCAUUUGGCCCAUCUGUCGAUCAUCAGUUAAAAGAACGGUUUGCCGAUUUAAAGGAUGGAGCUAGGAUUGUUUCGUCAAAAAGUUUUUGCCCUUUAAAUUUUCGAAUUACCGAUCGUAAUUUGAGCGAUAUAGGCACUAUCAUGCACGUUUCAGAGAUGUCACCUCUUCGUGGGUCAGUUUCUUGGACGGGAAAGCCAGUCUCAUAUUAUCUCCAUCUUAUUGAUAGAACCAAACUAGAACGUUAUUUUCAAAGACUGAAGCAUCCUAAAAUUAAGGGUUCUAAUGAUGAAAAGGACGAUAAGGAUUCCGCUCCACAAAGAGCGUCGAGGGAAAGGGCCAAGAGAGAUCUUUCGAAACAAAUGAAUGAUUCUUCUUCAGAUUCAGAUUCAGAUGAUCGCGACAGCAAUUAUGGCCCAACUACUCGGCGGGCUUGGUCCGAUUGGUGUUCUAAUAAAGGAAAAAGUAGUCAGUCUGAAGAAGAGUCAAACGGAAAGGCUAAAAGACAGUCGAAGAAGUUACGACGCAAGAUUCAAAAGAACGGAAAGACUCAAGGUAAUAAUAACAACCAGGGCUUAAAGAAAAAUCCAGGGAAACCUCGACGAGGGAGAGUUAGACGUGGAAAAACAAAGAAAACAAUCAAAAUUAACGGCUUGGACUUACUUCACAGUCAAACUUUAUUGAGUACAUCUCCUCAAGGGAAAAAGUUGCCUCCAGCUCCAGGAUGUGUUGACCAACAGCUUACAGCUCUAAGUACAGAGCUAGUUCAUAAUGAACUGGAUAUUCCUCAGUCCCCCGAAUCCACACCGUAUGCCUUACAAAUUCUUAUGGAUAUGUUUAGAGAACAAUACAUGAACAUGAUUGGUCACAUGAAGAAGCCACAGUACAAAGUUUCCGUUGAAAAUGACAUAAAACACGAAAAAGAAAAGAAUCAACGACUUCAAAACCGAGCAGCACAAUUAGAUAAACAAAUAAAGGUUCUGAUAGAUGACAGUGUAGCAUUACUAAAAGCCAGAAUGAGCGAGUUGGGCAUUAACGCUACUUCACCAGUAGAUUUAUUAGCUAAAGCAAAGGAAAUUGUCUGUCGCCAUAAAGAGUUACAAGCGAAAGCAAGUAAAUUACAGAUUCAGUUUGCUCAACUUGAACAAGAAAAGAAUCAUUUGGUUCUGCAAAGACAGCAAGAAAUUUGUGAAAAAUAUUUCAAACAAGAUUCUAAUCAUGAAAUGCCGCCACAUGCUGCCCAAGAAUUUAUUUUGAGGGAGAUAUCGUCAACGUUAGCUCGUCGCAAAAAGCUCCAUAAUCAAGUGUCGCGUUUAGAGGGAGAACUGCUAAGUUUAGAGAAAACUCACGAUGAUCGAAAGCAAGCACAGGCAACGUUGAACAUGAGACAGAAUCAGCAACCAUUGAAAAUAUCCAGAAAACCCCGAGAGUAUAGAGCUCGUUCACAAGAAUGGCCUGAUGUACCAGACAUUGGAAAAAUUGAAGAACAGAAUCCUGAAAUUUUGGCCCAGAAGAUACUGGAAACGGGAAGGAAGAUUGAAGCGAGUAAAAUUUCAAAUAAGGUAAUACAACAAAUUUCUAACGGUUUGAAAACGUAUCAGUCAUCACCUAAUCAAAAGGGAGUUGUUAGGAGCAAUAUGCCUGCUCCUCUUCCAGCUCCAAAACGAAUUAAGCAUUCAAACAACUCGUCCUCACGCGUUCAAGAAACACCAAAAGUUUCAAAUUUCGAAGAUCGUUUAAAAAUCAUCAUAACAUCCGUUCUAAAUGAAGAUCAACAAAAUCGUACAAAAUCGCAAAGUUCAACGUUCACUCAAUUUCCAGCAUUAAAUCAACAAAAUCCACAAUCAUGCAACUAUCAGAAUAAUUUUUGCAAUCAGUAUGCACCAAAAGAAGACGAUAAAAUCAAGUUUAACAAAUAUUUUCGUUGCGAACCUACGCGUUCUCUUGAGGAGCCAAGAUCUCAAACGGACCGUUAUCAUCACCAUCCACCUAUUAAUAAUUUUCGCGAGCAAGAUACAUUGGGAAUUCCUCAGCAGCAUCAGCAACAGAGAACACUGACUACAGAACAACCUGAUUAUACUCAAGUUUCCCCUGCGAAGCUGGCCCUUCGACGUCAUUUAUCUCAAGAGAAAUUAGCUUCACAGUAUUCUAAUUUCAACCAUUCAGACGGACUAGUCGCGACAAGGACAAUAGGUGAUCUUGUAUCUGGAGAGAUAGAACGAACGUUAGAAAUAUCAAAUCAGUCAAUAAUUAAUGCUGCCGUUGAUAUGAGUGACAUUCAAGGUACUACCACUCUUACUCCUAGAUCUAUGGUCAAUUCCAAUAUUCCCCCACGUCCCGAAAGAACCAACGCGAAACCUAACACAGAACUAACAAUACCAUGCAGCAAAGAAACUGAACCGCUAAUGAGACAAGUUUAUAGUCCCAUUUCUAGACCAUCUUCUUCAGAAGGUCUUGAAGGACUAGCUUAUAUGCAUUCCCAUGCCAAGAUUAAUCCACAAUCCAAUAUAUACGAACCGUCUUCGAUACAAUCGUCGACCGUUCAAGCCCAGUUUUCACCUCGAACCACAGUACUGUAUCCAACUCAAUCGAGGCAAAGUACUUCAGGAACGUAUUCUCAAAAUGAUCAGUACACUCCCCUCCCAAGAGCUGAUAUUAAGCCCUAUCACGAGUCAUACUUCAACGAAGUAAAACCUUCUGAAAGCGAAAGAUACGGCUUUGUGGCAGAAGGUCUUGCAGCAAGUCUCCAAGCAGGUGUUUUAAAAAGUCAACAUAUCAAAGAAGAAAUUGAUGACCGUAGUGGUGUAUAUGACCGACGAGGAUUUAUGGUAUCAAAUAAUGUAUCUAAUUUUCAAGAACAGUCGAGUAUAAAAGUCGAGCAAAGGACCAGCGAUUGCCAGUACGGUAAACAGAUCGAGUCUGUCGUUAUUCAAGGUCCUAUACGCAAUCUAAUAAAGAGGAACGCAGUUUUCAUGGACGUUCCCCAGGAGCUGCAUUCGAAUACACCGACUCCUGUUAUUGACGAAUCCUUAGAACAGAAGUCUCGUAAAAAUGAAGACGGUGAGUUUCCACAGUACAAAGUUUCCGUUGAAAAUGACAUAAAACACGAAAAAGAAAAGAAUCAACGACUUCAAAACCGAGCAGCACAAUUAGAUAAACAAAUAAAGGUUCUGAUAGAUGACAGUGUAGCAUUACUAAAAGCCAGAAUGAGCGAGUUGGGCAUUAACGCUACUUCACCAGUAGAUUUAUUAGCUAAAGCAAAGGAAAUUGUCUGUCGCCAUAAAGAGUUACAAGCGAAAGCAAGUAAAUUACAGAUUCAGUUUGCUCAACUUGAACAAGAAAAGAAUCAUUUGGUUCUGCAAAGACAGCAAGAAAUUUGUGAAAAAUAUUUCAAACAAGAUUCUAAUCAUGAAAUGCCGCCACAUGCUGCCCAAGAAUUUAUUUUGAGGGAGAUAUCGUCAACGUUAGCUCGUCGCAAAAAGCUCCAUAAUCAAGUGUCGCGUUUAGAGGGAGAACUGCUAAGUUUAGAGAAAACUCACGAUGAUCGAAAGCAAGCACAGGCAACGUUGAACAUGAGACAGAAUCAGCAACCAUUGAAAAUAUCCAGAAAACCCCGAGAGUAUAGAGCUCGUUCACAAGAAUGGCCUGAUGUACCAGACAUUGGAAAAAUUGAAGAACAGAAUCCUGAAAUUUUGGCCCAGAAGAUACUGGAAACGGGAAGGAAGAUUGAAGCGAGUAAAAUUUCAAAUAAGGUAAUACAACAAAUUUCUAACGGUUUGAAAACGUAUCAGUCAUCACCUAAUCAAAAGGGAGUUGUUAGGAGCAAUAUGCCUGCUCCUCUUCCAGCUCCAAAACGAAUUAAGCAUUCAAACAACUCGUCCUCACGCGUUCAAGAAACACCAAAAGUUUCAAAUUUCGAAGAUCGUUUAAAAAUCAUCAUAACAUCCGUUCUAAAUGAAGAUCAACAAAAUCGUACAAAAUCGCAAAGUUCAACGUUCACUCAAUUUCCAGCAUUAAAUCAACAAAAUCCACAAUCAUGCAACUAUCAGAAUAAUUUUUGCAAUCAGUAUGCACCAAAAGAAGACGAUAAAAUCAAGUUUAACAAAUAUUUUCGUUGCGAACCUACGCGUUCUCUUGAGGAGCCAAGAUCUCAAACGGACCGUUAUCAUCACCAUCCACCUAUUAAUAAUUUUCGCGAGCAAGAUACAUUGGGAAUUCCUCAGCAGCAUCAGCAACAGAGAACACUGACUACAGAACAACCUGAUUAUACUCAAGUUUCCCCUGCGAAGCUGGCCCUUCGACGUCAUUUAUCUCAAGAGAAAUUAGCUUCACAGUAUUCUAAUUUCAACCAUUCAGACGGACUAGUCGCGACAAGGACAAUAGGUGAUCUUGUAUCUGGAGAGAUAGAACGAACGUUAGAAAUAUCAAAUCAGUCAAUAAUUAAUGCUGCCGUUGAUAUGAGUGACAUUCAAGGUACUACCACUCUUACUCCUAGAUCUAUGGUCAAUUCCAAUAUUCCCCCACGUCCCGAAAGAACCAACGCGAAACCUAACACAGAACUAACAAUACCAUGCAGCAAAGAAACUGAACCGCUAAUGAGACAAGUUUAUAGUCCCAUUUCUAGACCAUCUUCUUCAGAAGGUCUUGAAGGACUAGCUUAUAUGCAUUCCCAUGCCAAGAUUAAUCCACAAUCCAAUAUAUACGAACCGUCUUCGAUACAAUCGUCGACCGUUCAAGCCCAGUUUUCACCUCGAACCACAGUACUGUAUCCAACUCAAUCGAGGCAAAGUACUUCAGGAACGUAUUCUCAAAAUGAUCAGUACACUCCCCUCCCAAGAGCUGAUAUUAAGCCCUAUCACGAGUCAUACUUCAACGAAGUAAAACCUUCUGAAAGCGAAAGAUACGGCUUUGUGGCAGAAGGUCUUGCAGCAAGUCUCCAAGCAGGUGUUUUAAAAAGUCAACAUAUCAAAGAAGAAAUUGAUGACCGUAGUGGUGUAUAUGACCGACGAGGAUUUAUGGUAUCAAAUAAUGUAUCUAAUUUUCAAGAACAGUCGAGUAUAAAAGUCGAGCAAAGGACCAGCGAUUGCCAGUACGGUAAACAGAUCGAGUCUGUCGUUAUUCAAGGUCCUAUACGCAAUCUAAUAAAGAGGAACGCAGUUUUCAUGGACGUUCCCCAGGAGCUGCAUUCGAAUACACCGACUCCUGUUAUUGACGAAUCCUUAGAACAGAAGUCUCGUAAAAAUGAAGACGAUGUGGAAGUAGAAGAAGAAGCGGAAGAAUCAAAAUGGCAAGACAGAAUCAGCUCAGGCUUCGAUAGAUUGGUAGCUUUUGCUUCGACCGAAUUGGACAAACGUCGUAGGUCAACGGAAGGAACUGAUAGUUGCAAUACCUCCCCAGACUCGGGAAUCGGGCAUGGCGAUCCUCCACCCCCCAGUCUAACUGCCGGACCGCCAAAACAAUUUUUAAAGCUAAAUCCAAACGCAAAACCCUCCCUUUUGAAACCUCCAUCAAAUAAUAAACAGAGUAAUGUUGAUAAUUCCCCGAUAAGCGACCAAAAUGACGAAUCGGGUCCGCCACGGACCCCUUCGCCAUCAUCCUCUCCGAAUUUGACAAUUAAUUUUAGUCCGAAUCCGCCCGAGAAGGAGAGAAGCCCUGUGCGUUUAAAUCCAGCUUUACUAAAGUACCAAAGGCAUACCGAAGACAAAAGGAAUAAGCCGGAACAUUUUAAAAAGAAAUUCUUUUAUCGGGAACAUUGGAAAGAUGAUUCUUCCUCUCAGGACACGCCCUCGUACAUAAAAUUCAAAGCCAAAAGGAAGGACUGGUAUUGGAAAGAUCAUACAAUUGCAUCCGAUGCUGGUUUUGUUGAUGAUUUCAAGAGCACAUGGAAUCAAGAUCAACCUCAGUUUGAUGAGUGGAAAAAUUGAAACAGUAGGUGGAGUAGUAAUUAAAUUUCACACAGCAAGUUUUAACACAUGGUUGUUGUUUAUGAUAGUUGAAUAGCUUUCAGUUUUUUUUAACUAAACUGCACUAUGUUUUUCUGUGCCGAGCCGAUUUUUUACAACUUGGGUACAUUGAAUUGAGUCUUUUUACAUUACUUUACGACCAAAGGUGUACUAAUAAUAAUUAUUGACGAUCGUUUUAAAUGCGCUUAAUUAAUAGCGAUUUGAUUGUUUAAUUUUAUUGUUAUUUUAUUAUAUAGGUAUUUACUUGUUAUAAUUAUUUUUUGUCUCUUAACAGUAUCUAUUAAUUUGUUGAAAGUCACGGGUUGUUAUAGCUCUGUUAUUUUACGGAGGCGAGAGGGACAUUCCCGAAUUUUUAGAAAUUGGUUUCCUGUCCGAAGUGGGAAGCAGUGGUGUGCGGCGAUGGGACUGAUAUAAAUUAAUUUUUGCAAAAGAUAAAGUUCUAUAAUACGUACAAAAAAUAUGUCAACACAGGCCAAUCAACAAUUUGUUAUGCUGAAGUGUACGAUGUGUUGCAUACCUAUUUACAAACAAUUCCUUUAAAUUUAAUUUUUAACACAAAGAAAGUGAUUAGACAAAUUGUUCACAACAUCAAGGAAUAACGAAUAACAAAUUUGCUUUCAACUUGCAAUCAACGGCAGAUACCAAAUCACAUGCAAGCGCAUGCUUUCGUAUUAUAAAAAUCUCGCCUCCCUCUAAAAACUAAGCUAUACUUGAGAAUGUGUUGCAGCUCACUUUAAAAUUGCUAUAUCUACAAUAUUUAAUUCGAUCGUUAUUUUAAGUACUUAUGUACAUCUAUUUAGGAUAGUUGCAUCGCCCGUUUAAUUUUAAUCGGUCUCUUUUCUGACACCUUAAAUUAUUCAUAAUCUUAAUUUGUGAGUAUUUUUUCCUAUGUGAUACCUUCAGGCCAUGCAAGCAUAUUUUUCUUAUACUUUCAUUUUACGUAAUUUCCCUCAUACAGAUGGGCCUUAACAUAACGUUGCGCUUCUUUUUCCUCAUCACUUUUUGGAACAUGUCUUCCAUUGCAUGUGAUACUUAUCUUACAUUUUUAAUCCAUUUUAUUCAGUUUGAGAUACUCAAAUUUGAAUGUUAACGGACGGUAUCAGGUGUUAUUUUACUUUUCUUUUAGUUUUUCCUUAGAUGGUAAAAUUGUUUUCCUUAAUUGUAAAGCAGUUGCACCGUUUUGUAUUAUAAAUUGGCGAAUUUUUACAUAAGGCCUAUAAAAUAGCUUUUCAUNAA